AUGAACAACGACAUUGUAUGUGGCAGAAAGGUUCAUGGUUAUGCAAUUGGAAUGUAUAAUGAUUUUUCUCGAGAUGUGUAUGUUAUGGAACCUGGAAGUGUUCCAGAUUCACUUCUCCGAGCUCAAGACAAGGCAAACAGAUUACAAAGACCACCACAUGACCCACAAUUGACUUCUUUUCAUCCUACUUUGACAUUAAAACGUGGCUUACAAUUUGGAUUGAGUUGUGAAAUCUGCGGGCGAGACUUUGAGAAUCAAACUAGCCUUGUAACCCAUCGAAAAGCCGCUCAUCAAAUUGCAAACAGUUUUGAAUGUGAAAUUUGCAACAAAGAAUUCAAAAGUUUUUCUCAGGCUCGAGAUCAUUCUUGCAAAACUCAUUACUAG